GUUUUUUCACCAUCCUUUAUUUGACAGAAUCCAAGUUCAAAGUUAAAGACGGACGACAGGUCGAGGUCAAGUGGACUGACAUUGCGGGCAAGCUGAUGGUGUUUGCCGCAGUCGUGCCUGCCGAGGAAAGGGGCGAGCCUGUUGUCCACAUGGCACAGCUCAACACAGCCCGAUACAUCACCGAGGGCACGGCGUUCCCGCUCAAGCUCAACUGCAACAGCCAGGGUGAGUUUCAAAAGCAGGUGGAGGCCGUGGUAUCGGGUGAUGCACUCGCGCAGCUCACAAGCACGGUGGUCGAUGAUAUCGUCCGCAAGAUCAUCCCCACCGAAGAAGAGCCUGUCGACAUCAAGCACCACGCCCUAGCCUUCCAAGCCGAAUCUCGUUCGGGCCCCAGCCGCCAGGAGCAGCCCUCUGGUGCGUUCGGGUCUGCGGCUACGCCGGGAAGGGGCCCAGGGAACCCGCUGGAGAUUGGGCGCAAUGACCUGGAACCGCUAGGCGGUCGCUUGGGCGAUCCGGCGAGCGGUGGCAUGGUUGUUGGACCUGGACACUCGAUGUUCAGAGGCGAGCAGUCGCGGGAGGAGAGGAUUCCCGCGGGGCCAAGUUUCCUUCCCCCUGGUGCCGUUCCGGCAGGGGCACGCUUCGACCCGAUUGGGCCAUUUGGCGGUGCUUCUGGGCCGGCGAGACCUGGCGGGAGAUUUGGAGGCGGUGCCAGAGGUGGGUUUGGCGGUGGGUUCGGUGAUGGGUUCGGCAGCGGCGGGAGCAGCGGGGGUGCCUUCAGCGGCGAUCCAGAUCCCGAUAUCGACCUGCCACCCAACCAGGACUGGAACAGAUAUCUGUAACCAAGCAAAUAAAUUGUUGAAUGGUUUGCAUUUUGUAAAGGGGGAAAAUGAAUGGAUAGGAAAAAAGGCU